CGGCUCGAGCGUGGAUGCUGGGAGGUGUGCCUGAGCCAGCGCCAGUUCUCCCCACCUGCAGCCCCGGCCCGAUGGGGUGGUGACCCUCCCCUCCCCGCUUCGGCGCCAUGUGGCCCAACGGCACUUCCCCGGGGCCCUGUUUCCGGCCAACCAACAUCACGCUGGAAGAGCGGCGCCUGAUCGCCUCUCCCUGGUUCGCCGCCUCCUUCUGCCUGGUGGGCCUGGCGUCCAACCUGCUGGCCCUGAGCGUGCUGGCGGGUGCGCGGCAGGGCAGUUCACAUGCCCGGUCCUCCUUCCUCACCUUCCUCUGCGGCCUGGUGCUCACCGACUUCAUGGGGCUGCUGGUCACCGGCGUGAUCGUGGUGUCCCAGCACGCCAUCCUCUUCGACUGGCACGCGGUGGACCCCAGCUGCCGCCUCUGCCAGUUCAUGGGCGUCAUCAUGGUCUUUUUCGGCCUCUGCCCGUUGUUGCUGGGGGCAGCCAUGGCCUCGGAGCGCUACCUGGGCAUCACCCGGCCUUUCUCGCGCCCCACGGUGGCCUCUCAGCGCCGGGCCUGGGCCACGGUGGGGCUGGUGUGGGCGUCGGCGCUGGCGCUGGGCCUGCUGCCCCUGCUGGGUGUGGGCCGUUACACAGUGCAGUACCCCGGCUCCUGGUGCUUCCUCACGCUCGGCGCCCAGCCCGGGGAUGUGGCCUUCGGCCUGCUGUUCACGCUCCUUGGCAGCUUCUCGGUCGGGCUGUCCUUCCUGCUCAACACUAUCAGCGUGGCCACUCUCUGCCACGUCUACCAUGGGCAGGAGGCCGCCCAGCAACGCCCGCGGGACUGCGAGGUCGAGAUGAUGGCUCAGCUCAUGGGCAUCAUGGUGGUGGCCAGCUUCUGCUGGAUGCCGCUGCUGGUCUUCAUCGCUCAAACGGUGCUGCGCAGCCCUCCCGCCAUGAGCCCCACGGGGCAGCUGUCCCGAGCCACCGAGCAGCAGCUGCUCAUUUACCUGCGUGUGGCCACCUGGAACCAGAUCCUCGACCCCUGGGUGUACAUCCUGUUCCGCAGGGCCGUGAUCCGGCGCCUCCACCCUCGCCUCAGCGCCAGGCCCAGGUCGCUGUCCCUGCAGCCACAGCUCACCCAGAGACGCACAGUGCAGUAG